CACUAGGACGCGACCACUGUCGUGGACAGGCCCUGCCAAGAUGCUGCCCACGAACGUGAUGUCGUUCAUGAAGAAGAUGGUGGCGACGAACGAGAGCGCCCCUAGCGGCGACCCCGCGGACUCCGGGACCCUCAGCAAGCUGCGGCAGACGCUGUCAUCGGGGCUGAUGACGGCGCAGGACCGAGUGACUAAGCUGUCACCCGCGCGCCAAUCACAGGCGCCCCAGGAGGCUGUGGCCACGCCUACAGACGAGAAGGCCACGCCCAAGCCGGAGGAACCACCCAAAUCGCAGAAGACCGAGGCAGGCAAGCCUCCUUGCCGGACUGGGACGUGCCGAGUCUGCCUGAAGAGCUUCAAGCCCAACGACUUCUUCCGCACGUGCUUCGAGUGCCAGCAGAAAGUGUGCGAGGACUGCGCCUCGUACUCCAAGAUCGAGGCCAGCGAGGACGAGACGUCGUGGAGGUGCAGCAUCUGCCGCCGCAAGCUGCAGAGCCGCACGCAGCCCAUCGUGUCACAGGAGUCCACCGACAUCCUCCUGGAUGUGCCCGUCGUGGAGGCUCUGCAGCGACGACACUCCGACAUCAAGAUCGGCUCUGGCAGUGCUGCCGGCUCGGGUGGCAGCGGCCUUGCGCCGCCUAGGUCCCCAGAGCUGCGCCGCCACUCAGACGUGUCUCCGGCCUCGCUCAAGGAGCUGGAGAAAGUGGCGGGCGAGCGCCGCGAAGAGCUGCGCUGGGAGCGCGAGAUGGAGUGGCGCCAGCACAAGCGUGGCUCGUCCACGGGCCGCGAGCCACUCCUCAAGCCAGACGAGGGCGGCGGUGGCGGCGGCGGCGGCGGGGGGCGGUCCCGCAGCGGCUCGGUGUGCCCCCUGGAUCAGCAGGCGCCCGACGACCCCGACGAGGCGGAGGAGUGGCGGCGGAGGCGCGGCCGCACGCGCCGCAAGUCCCGCGUGCAGAAGCAGCACAGCUACGACGACGACGUGAAGAACGGCGGCGGCGCGCCCGCCUCCCAGGAGCCGGCACUGGCUCUCCGGCGCACUGACAAGUGUCUGGGCUCGGCAGGCCUGCCGGCGCAGUUGCCGCGUCGCGCCUCCGCCUACGACGUGUACGCGACGCGCGAGUCCAUGGCGCCGGCCGCCCCCGGGGGCCGUCAGGAGGCGGCGGAGGCGGCUCUCGGCCGCCGCCCCUCCUUCCGCGUCGGCAAGCCGCCCGGCAUCUACGACUUCGACACCAACGGCGCCGACGACCAGAAAGGGUUCGAAGGAUCGCAGCACCCUCUGUCGCCUGAUGGGUCGCCGGGACUGGCCGUGGAGGAAGAGCGCAGGACGAGACGAAGAGGAUCCCAGCUGCCGGACCUGGGGAUGCGCGCGCUGCCGCCCACGCCGCCCCUGGCCGCCGCCCCCAGACCGCCCCACGAGGACCCGGUGCGGCGGCAGGCCUCCGUGGCUGACGGCGAGGCCAUCAAGAUAGUCAUCCACGACGUGGACUCCGACCCCGUUGCGCGGCCCGGCUCCAAGAGGCGGCUGGUCCUGCGGAGGGACCCCGGUGACAAGGGACACCGCACACGCGGCUUCGGCAUGCGCGUGGUGGGAGGCAAGACGGGCACGGACGGACACCUGUUCGCCUACAUCGUGUGGACGGUGCCCGGCGGACCGGCCGAGAAGGCCGGACUCCAGCAGGGCGACAAGGUGCUGGAGUGGGAUGGAGUGGCGCUGGUGGACCGCAGCUUCGAGGAGGUGUGUGCCGUGAUGGAUCGCGCUGGAGAAGUGGCAGAGCUUCUGGUCGAGCACGCCACUGACCUGAGGAUGUGUGACCUGCUAGACGACCCCGGCUCCAUGGGUUCCAGCUCUCGUAAGACGGGAGACACUCUCGGAACACAAGGCGCCUUUGUUGUCAGCGCGGUGUUUGGCGAUGCUCGCUCCCAGAGCUGUUGUCUCCCGAAGGUGCGUCACGUGUCCGCUGUGCUGUCUGUUGCAGAUGCCGACCCCGACAAGGCGCCGACCUCGCCCACCCGUCGGAAACUGCCUAAAACCCCGGAGCAGAUGGCCCGGGAGAGGCAGGUGAGUGGCCGCGUGCAGCUGCAGGUGUUCUACCACGACGAGAAGCGCGAGCUGGUCGUGUCCGUGCUGGCCGCGGACGAUCUCGCGUCUCGGGAGGACACCGGCUACGGCAACCAGCCCGAGGCUUUCCUCAAGCUGCGGCUCCUGCCCGACACCGGUGAAAAUUGUACAGCAAAGUCUGAAGUUGCGGAACCUACUCAAAACCCCAUAUGGAACGCCACAUUUGAUUUUCCCAACGUAAAUGGAGAAUCUUUAAUGGAAAGAACUAUUGAAGUAACACUUUGGGAUUACUGUCCUGAUAGGGAAAGUGUCUUCCUAGGCGAGUGCACGGUGGAGCUGAAGAAGGCCUUCCUAGAAGACAGGCCCACAUGGUACCGACUAGAAGACCCUCGACAGCUGCGGAUGGGGAAGUCUCCUCAUGCUUCCCCCCGUGGCUCCUUAGCUUCUGAACUCGCUCAGCGACUCGUCAGGAGGUCGGACUUCGGCCUGCAGCGAUCCUUCUCAGAUGACAAGGACAGCGAUGAGAAGUCCAACAGUCCGGAGCUGUGCUUCCUUCACCCGGACCACGCCUAUGUGGGCGGCUCCAGGAGAGGCUCCAGCCAAUCAGAGGUGCUGGAGGUGGAGACUUACCAGCUGAACAGGGACUACUCGCGCUCGCUACCUGGAUCUCGUCGCAGUUCCUUCCAGUCCGCGCAGGGCACCGAGAAAGGGACUGUUGCAGAGGCCGAAGCCCCGCCGCCCACGUACGUGAAGGAGCGACGCCGCAGCUCGUGUGCGCGCGUGAUGCGUGACCCGGACGAGAUCCUGCGCAACCUGAAGGCGGUGAAGGGCGAGCUGGCACUGGGCAGGACCAUGAGCCUCAGCGGCGAGAAGCGCGCGCACAGGCGUGCUAGCGUGGACAGCAUCGUGCUGGGCCAGGCCAAGCCCCGGCCCCAGAGGAGGGCCAGUCGCGACGCCCUCAUUCCUUCCCCGCUGGUCAGCUGGAACAAGGAGAGAAAACAAUCCAUCCUGGACGUUCCCGAGAAGCCGCCGGGGUGCAGUAGUCCCUCCGACGACGAGGACCGCGGCAGAGAGGAGGCGGAGGAGAGGAUUUCCUUGGGCCCUGGCCAGAUCCAUCCCAGGGGAUACCGGCUGACCUGCAGUCAAGGCCAGCUGAGGCUGCGGCUGCUGAUGACCAAGGGACAGCUGGAGGUGGAGGUGGUGUGCGCUCUGGGCAUACCUGGGGAGGGGCGGGACACUCUGCCAGACACGUACGUGAAGACGUACCUGCGUGACGGAGACCGCUGGCUGCAGAAGCGCAAGACGCGGGUGGCGCGCCACAGCUGCGAGCCGCAGUUCCGGCAGACUCUGCGCUACUCUGCCUGCGACGUUCUGGGCCGCGGUCUGCUCGUCAUGCUGUGGCAGAGCCAGAAGGGCUGGGAGCACAACACGGGUCUGGGUGGCGCCGAGAUCGCCCUCGACCAACUGCAGCUGACCCAGCCCACCGAGGGCUGGUACCCGCUCUUCCCCAUACACAGCCUCGGCUCCGACUCCAACGACUCGCCAUGACAGCCACCCUCCUCUGGCCAGCUCCUCGCCGCUCAUCUCCUUCCUAGGGUGACUCCAGUCCUGGUCCUGUUGCACCUGGUGAGCCUAGUCGAGUCCUGCUGCAGCUCCACUCUGCGCUCCUUCCUAUGGGGUCCUCGUCCUUCCGUAGCCUUCAUCUCCAUCUUUGAGUGUGUCCUCCCAAGAGUUCUUUCAGCAUUCUUCAGUCUGUUGUCAACACCGUGUCCUCCCAAGAGUACUUACUGAUCUCCAGUGUCCUUUGAAGUUCUGUACGCAACUACUUUGUUUUGUUUAUAUUGCUCACUUAGUCCUCGAAUUUAAGUUCUGCUCUUCAUUGUAAAACGUCUCGAUUCCACGUGUCAAGAUUCAUGAGACGUCACACUACCAAUAUUUGUCUCAUUUCUUACUGCUAUUGCUCAUGGUUCAAUGUGUCUGCAUCAAUUAACCUGGUAGAGUCAUGUCACAUCAAUUAAUCUCCCCUCUCCCCAUCUUUUCAGACAUUCUACUCCUUCGACACUUAUUUCUAAAGAAAAAAAUCAAAUGCUCUAUGCCAUAGCCAAUGUUCUCCUUAAUUCUUUUAGCUUAAAAUGUUAUAAGAUUAUCUCAAAAGUAUCAGUCAUCUUCUUAAUAGGAUUCUGAAGCCACGCUGCUCAUGAAUGUGUAUUUCCAUUACCUUUUCUGCAUGUAUCUACAUUAAUGUACUCAGUGCCACUACGCCAAGCAUCAACUUGGUUUAUGCUGCCUCCAGCUCAUAUCAAGCUCAUAAAAGUUACAUUCCCCUUUUCCCAUACACGACAUCAUUUUCUCUAACGGUGAACUUGUGAAUCUCUUUUUCUCACACUGCGUCU